AUGGCUCCGCAGCCCCCCCGCAUCACCCGGCUGAGGAUCCCGGCGCAGCCCCCCCAGAUGGGCAGCAACGUGAGCGUCUCCUGCGAGGCUGAGAGCGCUCACCCGGAGCUGACGCUGCUCUACUGGUUGGCAAACGGCUCGUUCGUGGAGCAGCUGCAGCCCAACGUGCGCGAAGGGGCGGUGCGAGAGGAAGAGCGUGGUUCGCUGGUGAUCCUCCGUCGGGAUCUGCAUUUCAACUCUUUCAGCUUCCAGGAUCUGAGGACCAAUUUCACCUGCGUGCUGCUCAGCUCAUUCGGCGUGGACGUGAGGGAGCUGAAAUGGGCUCCCCCCAGCGACGAGGGUGGGGAAACGGGCUGAGACCGAGCAGAACUCGUGACGGGUGUGAGCCCAACGGUGUGGGGCCGAGGGCUGCCCCAUUGGAUGCUGUGUGUGGGGCUCCUGGUGGGGCAGGGGGGCUUCAUUGAAGUGACUGCCUGGUGAGCUGCGUGCGCAGGGCUGGUAAAUAAAUGCAAUAAAAGCAAUGCUUUCAUUAUUUGGGAAGAACCUUGGACCGUUCCCUGCUGCUGUUCCACAUCCAACAGCGGCACC